AUGGUGGAGGGGGCGGCAAGCUGUAAUUUACCCACAGUCUCCCUGUCCGUGGGGAGCUGCAACCUGACCCUGCCGGACGGGCAUGUCUACUCGUACGGCAUCCGCAUCGGCGUCAACGGCACCCAGCUGUGCGCCUCCCCGUCGACCGUGGUAGCGAACCCGUUGCUGGAGCACGUCGACGUCUGCACGAGCCAGAAGAAAAUGACCCUGGGUGAGUGCCGCUCCCGGAGGGGCUCCUACUUGAAUACGUCCAACAUCCACACCGCGGCAGCCAGCGGGCUGGCCGAGAAGAACCCCAACUGGGUUACACUCAUGGGCGAUGACCAGCCCGCCUUCCAGCUGGCCACCGACUCGCCCAUCCAGCUCCAGGCCGACAUCCAAGCCGCGGUGCUAUCGGGCUGCAUCACACGGGGGGACCAACACACAAACUCGCACUUCCCCCUGAACGAGAACUCCCUGGUUAUAAAGGAGCUCCAGAUGAACGGCCUGAUCGCGGGCAACUCUUGGGCCCUGGACGUCGGGGACACGAGCAGGCGGGGACGCUUGACACUGGGCGGCUACCAACCGGGUAGGGUGGACGGGCCGUUCCAAGAGUACGACAUGCGGAAAUACGACCAGAAGCUGAAUGACCGCUAUUGCCCACUGCAGGUCACCAUCGCUCGGCUCGACUUUCGCGUCGGAAACCACUCGAUUUCACUGGUCAGCCCGGACCUGAAGGUGCCAGCCUGCAUAGAACCCUACGACAAGCUCACCAGAUUCCCCGAAUCCCUGCUCCGCGACCUGCGCAACUUCACCACGGGCGAAACCGGCUGGACAGAGGAACCGAACGACGAGGAAGGCCGGUACGGCGACCUCCUCGACCUCGAGCCGGGCCUCAUCUACCGCGUGGCGCCCAACUCGACCGUCGCCAUGUCCAUGGAGAUCACCCUGGACGGCGGCCAGAGGUUCGUCAUCCCGACGGACAGGCUCCUCGCCCCCCUGUCGGGCCUGGACCCGGACGGCGCCCCCGUGGUCAACGACGCGUUCCGAGAGGUCCAGGUGUACCGCGAGCCGGGGGUCGGGCUGGCCCCCGUCCUGGGCCGCUCGUUCCUGUCGCAGGCGUACCUCUUCGUCGACUACGGCGCGUUGACCUUCAAGCUGGGGCCGCUCUCGCCGGACGCGUCGGCGGCGGGCGGGGACGUGGCCUCGUCGGGGAGGUGCUCGGGAGGCGGCGGCGGCGGCGGCGGCGGAGGGAAGCUGGGCGGCGUCGCCAUCGGGCUGAUCGUGGUCGGGGUCGUGCUGCUAGCGGUGUGCAUCUGGGUGGUCUACAGAUGGGUAGCUGGGCGUCGCGAGUCGGGUGGGGAACCGACUGAGGCUCAGAAGCCCGGUCCUAAUUCGCCUGCCGAGCCUCCUAGUGUGGAUACUAACCCGCCUGCGGAUACUCAAAGGAAGAGACCGACGAUAGGGACAGAAAUGGUUCUCUAG